GGCCGCGCCAUGGCCCGAAAGGCCGUUGGGAGACUGCUGGAGGAAACCCUGUCGCUGUGGAAACGGGAGCAAGCCCAGUUGAAGACUCGUGUCGUGCACCGGGACACGGAGGCGUGGCAACGGGACCCUGCCUUCUCGGGCCUGCAGAGGGUCGGGGGCAUGGACGUGUCCUUUGUGAAGGGCGACAGCGUCAGCGCCUGUGCCUCCCUGGUGGUGCUCAGCUACCCUGAGCUCGAGGUGGUGUAUGAGGACUGUUGCAUGGUGAGCCUGACAGCCCCCUACGUGUCGGGCUUCCUGGCCUUCCGAGAGAUGCCCUUCUUGGUGGAGGCGGUGCAGCGGCUGCGGGAGAAGGAGCCCCACCUCAUGCCCCAGGUCCUUUUUGUGGAUGGAAAUGGGGUGCUCCACUACUGAGGCUUUGGGGUGGCCUGCCACCUUGGUGUCCUCACAGGCCUGCCCUGCAUUGGGGUGGCCAAGAAACUCCUGCAGGUGGAUGGGCUGGAGAACAAUGCUCUGCGCAAGGAGAAGAUACGGCUCCUGAAGGCUGGAGGAGACUCAUUUCCUCUGAUGGGAGGCUCCGGGACCAUCCUGGGCAUGGCCCUGAAGAGCCAUGACCACAGCACCAAGCCCCUGUAUGUCUCUGUGGGCCACAAGGUGAGCCUGGAGGCAGCCGUGCGCCUAACCCAUGGCUGCUGCAAGUUUCGGAUCCCGGAGCCCGUGCGCCAGGCUGACAUCCGCUCCCGAGACUACAUCCGCAGGACCCUGGGAGUCCAAGGGGCUCCUGCCCUGCGGCUGGAGAGGAGCAAGAAGGCACAGACGCCAAAGGCGUGCCGUGAAGGAGUCUCAGAAGAGCAUUCAGGUACCUUCAAGGGGACUCCUGCUGACAGGAAGGCCUGUCCCAGGUUCUGAUCUCCAGUCCUCUCCAGAUGUCCGUGCUGGCACAUCUUUUUUUCUCACCUCGGCUUCUACUGUCCACCCAAUCCUGGGACUGAGAGAAACACCUGCUUAUCACAGCCGGGGGCACACAGGGAGCCCCAGCUCACCUCACCCUCCCUAACAGGCCCUGGGCCAUCU